AGAUUUUGUUACAUGAUAGCCUAUGAGACCCCCCACACAGACUCAGACAAACAUUGCGACCAGCUUAAAGGAAAUGUGUGAGCGAGAGUUGUAAAAUUGAAACAAAACGACGGAAAAUUUCGUCAAAAAACGACUUAGCGUUCUAAAAGGAAGCGGCAUGGUUGGUACCAAACACUGUUGUUGGGGUGAGUGCAAGACAGACUCAAGAUAUGCAGAUAAAUGGCCAAAAUCACUGAAAGAGUUAGAGGAAUCGGGGAAGAAAGUAUUUAUUCCUUUCCCAAAACCUUCGCAAGACAUGGCAAAGUGCAAGCGUUGGCUAGUAGCUUGUUCGCGUGAAUUUUUUACGGAGAAAAACAUAACAAGAAACACUUAUAUUUGUGCUCUUCACUGGCCUGGCGAAAAAGGUCCAACAGCCGAAUUUCCCGAUCCACUGAAGGCAAAUCUAAGACCAGCGCAAGCAAGUCGAGCACGUGCUCCCAAGAGAAAAGCACCGAAAGAAAGAGAAAAUCCAGCGUCAAAGAAACAGAAAUUAUUCGAUGACAACUACGAGGAACAAUUAUCUAACGAUAUUACAGUUUCUGAUGAUCAUGAUCAGGAGUCACAAGAAGUUGAACCGACAGUCGACGAAAGCAGUUUUAUUGAUGAAGAAUGUGUUGAUGAGGAUUGUGCCGUGAUCGAUACACACAGUUACGUUAACCCUUCAGGAAAGUUGGUUUCUGAUCAAGGCUCUCAGACUAUAUAUUCAAAAUACGAGUUGUCUGCAAAGGUCGAAACUAUG